CUUUUUUCCUCGUCCUCUCCCAUCUCCAUCUCCGACUGCGCCGCCACGACCACGACCCAUCUCCCAGCCUCGCUCACUCCGCCGUCCACCGCCGCCGCCGCUCCCCUCCCCUUCGUCGGCUCUCAGCAGAGCCGCCUCCGCCGGCCUCCACCAGACCACGGCCGCUCCGUCCGCUCCGCUCCGUGAGCCCGCCUUUGACCCGGCGGCGAGGACUGCUCCUCUCCUUCCCCGGACGGUUCCUCCCCGUCCCCCGGCUCCACCCUCAGCUUUCUGGCCUUCUCAGGCAGCAGGCCAGUCAGCAGCCUUCAGCGAGGCACGGAGGCAGGCGCUGGUGGCAGCUCGCCGGUUUAGAUCUCCACUUCGCGCUCGCAGGCGGCAGCAGCUCCCACCCAAGUCUGAACAGGGCUUCAACAUUCUCCGUGAUCUUGGGCUCACGGACUGUACCCAGGCGCGACCGCCGGGAUGGCCGGAAGCAGCCUCUGGGUGGUUCGAUUGGCUUCCCUUCUUGCAGUCGGAUUCGUGGUCGGCUCCGUCGAGGCCAGCCCGGGAGAUGCUCAUCCGCUGUACAGAACUUGUGUGAAGGAGUGUAAGAAUACAGGGGUUAUUGGAAGUAACAUCAUCAGCCACUGUCAGUCCCAGGAGAAUGACAGCACAUCUGCCGGAAGUUCUUGGUACACACAGGAGCCCCUUUACAUGCAGUGGAAGCACCAAAGCUGUAUGUCAGACUGCCGCUACUACUGCAUGAUACGAAGAGAAGAGGAACGGCAAUUAGGUGGCCUGAGCCCUGUUAAAUAUCAUGGAAAAUGGCCCUUCAAACGUGUUUCUGUCUUCCAGGAGCCCCUUUCAGCUGCACUGUCUGCUCUCAACCUAUUGACGCACUUCAUUGGCUGGCUUUCAUUCUUCCUCCAAGUGAAUUACAGAUUACCUCUUAGACCUCAGACGAAGAGGACAUACUACGAAUACACUGGCCUGUGGCAUAUCUAUGCAAUAUUAUCACUGAAUGCAUGGUUCUGGAGCACUAUAUUCCAUACUAGGGAUAUUGACUUGACUGAGAAACUGGAUUACUCUUCAGCUGUGGCCCAACUUGGCUACUCUUUAAUCCUUACAUUGCUAAGAACUUUUAAUGUCAAGGAUGAGGCUGGCAGGGUGAUGUUUGCUGCACCUAUUCUAGCAUUCGUUACAACACACAUCUUGUAUCUUAACUUCUAUGAACUUGACUAUGGAUGGAACAUGAAAGUCUGUGUGGCAAUGGGUGUUGUUCACAUUGUGGCAUGGACAACCUGGGCUGUUGUGACCCAUCAUCCGUCACGAUUCAAGGUUUGGAUCGUCAUAUUCGGAGGAGCUCUAGCUAUGCUUCUUGAAGUGUAUGACUUUCCUCCAUACAAGGGGUAUGCCGAUGCACAUUCGCUGUGGCACGCGAGCACCAUUCCUCUCACCUAUCUUUGGUGGACCUUCGUUAGAGACGAUGCAGAGUUCCGCACCUCCACACUUGUUAAGAAGGCCAAGUAGUAGUAAAUUAAGGUCAGUAUCAAUGCUGUUAGCUUGUCCCUCUCUCAAGGUAACACAAGCAGAGGGCAUGCAUGCUGCCAUGCCAUGCCAUGCGUUCCCAGAAGCUCGGUAUUCCCAGGACCGAUCAGGACAAACCAUUCAUCUUUCAGCGAAACUCAGCGUCUUGUUUAUGCUGUAUCUUUGGUUCUUGACCUCCUGAUUUCUGUCUGCUUUGAUUGAUAUCAACAAUUGUUUUGUUCUGUAAUAGAAAAGGACAUAAUCUUUUUCGUGCC